UGGACAUACGAUCCAUCAUCGAGCUCCAAACAGAAAGAGACAUUCAGUGCGUGAAGAGAGCGAUUCUUGGUCCUUGGUUAUCUGCGCGGUUUCGCUUUGCGUAGAGACGUUUGAGAGGAAGAGAGGGUAUGGCGGGAUACGGGGGGCAGUAUGGUGACUCCGACAUGCGUCGCCAGAACGACGAGUACGGCAACACGAUCCGCCAGACGGACGAGUUCGGAAACCCGGUCCAGCAGACCGGAUACGGAACUGGUGGUUACGGCGCCGGGACUGGCGGUGGAGCUGGGGCGCUUGACGGCCUUGGUUAUGGUGGAGACCAGCAGCAGCAGCUGAGGGGCGAACGUCGUGGAGUUGGCGGUGGCGGCAACACGAUCCGCCAGAUGGACGAGUUCGGAGACCCAGUCCAGCAGACCGGAUAUGGAACUGGUGGUUACGGUGCUGGAACCGGCGGUGCAGCUGGGGCGACUGGCGGCCUUGGUUAUGGCGGAGACCAGCAGCUGAGAGGCGAACGUCGUGGAGGUUUAGAUGGCGGAGUGCUCCAGCGAUCCGGAAGCUCUAGCUCCUCGGAAGAUGAUGGUCAAGGCGGAAGGAGGAAGAAGGGGAUCAAGGACAAGAUAAAGGACAAGAUUCCGGGGAUGGGCAGUGACGACGAGCAACAGAUGGCGGGGUCGUACUCAACGUCCACUGCCGCGGGUGGAGGCUACGGGGCGGAGCUGGGGCAGCAGCAGGAGAAGAAGGGGAUGAUGGACAAGAUCAUGGAGAAGCUUCCCGGACAUCAUUAGAUAUUAAUAUAUAUUGCAUCAGUCCCUCGAUCAGUACUAGAUAUCUAAGUGGGGCUACGUAUUUGUCUUUCUGUCUCUCUGUGUAUGAGAGGGACUUGAGUUUGGUUGUUCAAAUAAGUGCAAGAAGGUCAUUACUUGUCUACUUCCCCUUGGGAAGCUUGCACCUGAAAGUGGUUGUUUUGUGUUAUGUACUGAGAUCCUUUGCAGUCUAAAUAUAUAAGUAAAGCUUUGUAUUCACUUGUUAAAA